CCAUUAGAGAUAUCCGAUUAAACCACAGUUUUGUAAGUUUUGCCGUAUACCUUUUCUGGGGAUUAGAUUUUGUAAAGAUAAAAAGAAAAAAAAAAAGCUCAAUCAGGGAAAGAUGAGGCCGAUACUGAUGAAAGGCCAUGAGAGGCCCCUGACAUUUUUGAAGUACAACAGAGACGGCGAUCUUCUAUUCUCUUGCGCCAAGGAUCAUACUCCAACCGUCUGGUUCGCCGACAAUGGCGAACGCCUCGGCACUUAUCGUAGCCACAACGGAGCCGUCUGGUGUUGCGAUGUCUCCAGGGAUUCGUCUUUGCUGUUAACUGGAAGUGCGGAUCAGACAGCAAAACUUUGGAAUGUUAAAACAGGGACUUGGGGAUUUGGGAAGGCAACGUCAAGAACAAAGGCAUCAAAUUCAACAGCCAUUAGCACUUGGAACCAUAUAUAAAUAUAACGUACAUAACACGUAGGGGAAAAGCAAAAAGGAGAGAGCAGAAACACCC